AGCUUUAUUCUGACGGUACCGCGAGUACCGACUACCGACCAGCCCAGCCCCAAACGCGAACUGCCACUCACUCGGUGACCUGGUUAUAUUUUCAUCUGUCUUUCGCUGUUUUUGUCGAAUUGGAUUACUUGGGUGAUAGAUCUUGCUCAAUUUGCGCCUGACCAUCUGAUCAGGUUUGAGAGCAAUGGUGAAGGAUACUGAGUACUACGAUAUUCUGGGUGUGAGAUAUGAUGCUACUCCAGCUGAGAUCAAGAAGGCUUACUACCUUAAAGCAAGGCUGGUACACCCAGAUAAAAAUCCUGGAGAUCCCAAUGCUGCCCACAAUUUUCAGGUACUUGGGGAGGCUUAUCAAGUUCUUAGUGACCCAGAAAAACGUGAAGAAUAUGACCAGAAUGGAAAGGAAGGGGUAUCUCAGGAUUCUAUGGUAGAUCCUUCUGUAGUAUUUGGGAUGGUUUUUGGGAGUGAUUUCUUUGAAGAGUAUGUUGGCCAACUAGCCUUGGCUUCCUUGGCAUCUGUGGAGCUUGAAGAAGACUCACAAGUUCCAGAAGCUCGGACGCAAAGAGUUCUGGACAAGAUGAAGGAGUUGCAGAAAGAAAGGGAAGCAAGACUUGUACAAAUUUUGAAAGACCGCCUUCAACCAUAUGUUGAGGAUCGAAAGGAUGAGUUUGUAGAUUUGGCAAAGUCAGAAGCUCAUCGUCUCUCACAAGCUGCUUUUGGUGAGGCUAUGCUGCACACUAUUGGUUAUAUCUACACAAGGCAAGCUGCAAGAGAAAUUGGUAAGAACAUACGGUUUAUGGGUGUGCCAUUCUUGGCAGAGUGGGUCCGAGACAAGGGUCACCAUAUAAAAUCGCAAGUGGUGGCAGCUUCAGGUGCUGUCUCUUUAAUUCAAAUACAGGAAGGGUUUUUGAAGGUGGAACAAGGUGAGAACAAAGAAGAGAACCUGAUGAAGCACAUUGAAGAUAAUAAAGAAGCCAUGGUUAAUUCCCUUUGGAAGAUAAACGUUUUGGACAUUGAAUUGACCCUCUCACAUGUCUGCCAAGCGGUUCUCAAAGAUCCUAAUGUUUCCAAGGAUGUGCUUAAGCUACGAGCCAAAGCAUUGAAAAAGCUUGGAACCAUUUUCCAAGGUGCCAAGGUCCUUUAUAGAAGAGAUAACAGUCUGCGCCAUGAGGAUGGCUCAAAGGUUAGUGCUACAUCAUCAUCGAAGGCAACAUAAUAUUUUGAUAGCGUAGCCUGUCUAAAUAUAUGUAAGGUGGUAAUGUUGAUUGUACUUGGUCCAGUUUAUACAUGGCUGUAUCAUACUCAUCCAUAUUUUAAGCUCCUUGAACAGUGUUUUUUGUUUUGUAAUUUUUUUUAAGAUCUAGAUCAGUAAUUUGGAUGUGCUCCUAUUCUGGUUUUAGCACCCUUCAACAUUUUAAUUAAUGAUUUUUUAUUGCUUCUGUUUGCAAGUAUCUUUCUUACUA